CUAGAGUGACCGUACUCGGCGCCGACGGCUGUUGCGAACACUUGAUCGCCGAACCCAAACCUAAACAGACGCAAAUUUUGUAAACUAUGCUGUAGGUGGAGGCGAAUUCUUGAACUGCAGCUGCAGGAGCACGUCAAGGAAAAUGGCAGCGAAGCGGGCGGAAAGUCCGGAGAAGCGGGCUAGUCCGGAGCCCACUCUGCGUGGACUAACCACAAAGGUGGCGCUGCGGCGUCUACAUGAGGAGAUUGAAAAACGGGUGCAACUGGAGCACGAGCGGCAAUACGGAGCGGAGAGCCCCUAUCGAAAAUUGCGGGCGGCCUUUGUGAAGCGGUACGAUAGCCCACUGGGAUGGCUUUCCAUUGGAAGCAGUUUGCUGGCUAGUGGAGCACUGCUCGCUACAGGAAUGCUAUGGCCCGCCUUGUGCCUGCUGGCCAUCUUAUCGCUGGACCUCUUUGUGGUGGUCCGGGAGAACAACCUGCGGCGCACAGAGAUCUUCCGGAAGGCACGACACGCGAUUUCGGAAAUUAAACUAGCGGAACAGCACUUCAGUGACGAUUGGCAGCAAUCCAACUAUCCGCACCUAAGUAAUCCCAUGUCGCCCUGCGUUUCCCUGCAGUGGACCUACCGAGAUGGAAAAAUUGUCAACUUGCCGUGGGCUUUGUUGGUGCGCGGGGAUUACAUCGUUCUACGGCCGGGACACAUUUCACCCGGACCUUGUCACGAACUGGAGACAAAUAAAUUUUUUGCUGCUAACGAAAUAUAUGGAGCUGCUCCUCACGGAGAUCCUCCAGUGAAACCUGUGGCACGACCUCCGCUGCCCAAUCUCGUUUGUUGUUUGGAAAGCACACCUUACCUGGAUAACCUUACUGUUUGCCUCAAAAACUCUCUGAAGCGACCGCCGACCAUCUACAAUCAGCAGCGCUAUCUGCUGGUCACCAAGUAUAUACAGCAGUGGGGCUUCAUUAGUGCCCUAGUUAUCACGCUCAUCUCGGGGUUACUGCGCCUCCAUGGCUAUGGCCUGCCUACCGAUGAGAAGCACAACUGGCGCUUUGUGCUCGUCGAAUCCUCGGCGGCGGCCAUAGUUCCCCUAUUGCCGCUUAUCUUCCCGCUCAUGUGGAUAUCCAUGAACCUGUGGGGAAUAGCUCGAUUGCAGUGUUUUCUAAAGACGCCUCAGGCUGCGUUGGAAAAGAGUACAAGCAAAUCGUUCGAAGAGGACCUGGACACGCCCUCGUACGACUAUCAGAAUAUGUCCAUGCUUCGUUCCAGUGUGCUCCGCAUCUGGAUGCAGCUGUGGCGUGGUGACAGUGAACUCCUGCCGCGCUCAGCCAAUCUGGUACAGGUGCUGGGGUCCAUUUCGGCGCUGUGCUGCGUGGACAAGAAAGGUAUCCUGUCGUGGCCCAAUCCCACCGCCGAAAAGGUAUUCUUCCUGCACAACACAGACGAGGAGGCUCGCGAGGAUGGAGCAGGCAGUCAGUCUUCUUCACAGAGCGAGAGCGACGACGUACCGGUUGUGGAUGAGGACCACAAGGAGCGCGGAAUAGUGGCUGAAGUGCUGGACCUCACGCACGACCAACACUGCCCCUUUCGGCUGGAGUUCGACGAUCACGAAUGGAAGGCGCACAUCAAGUCCUUGAAGCCACUGGGUCUUGCCAUUCUGCUAAACACCUGUUCUCCACUCACCCACGAGCACUACGCACAGUUCUGCGGUCAUGUAACCGCGGUGGCUAUGCUCGACAAAGAUCUGGUACCUGUGACUAAUCGACGCUGCCUUUGCGAACUGGCCAAACAGAUUGGAUUCACCGACCAUGCCACUGAUCGGUUCGCGCUGGAGGGUCAAUUGGCUAGCUAUCGCCACUUGCAACCUGAUGUUGUGCGAAGGGACAUUCGUUUCGCCCGGCAGCUCCAGCUGUCCUCCAAGGUGAAGGUCCCAUUCCCGCACUCUUUGUCUGUGGUCAUGCGCGAGAAUCCAGGCGGCUAUUUAUCACUUUUCACCCAGGGAACAGCAGACAUUAUACUGGACUGCUGCGAUGACUUUUGGGACGGCAUUGAUCUGCGACCAUUGUCCGCACAGGAUCGCAAGCGUGCACUGGACUUUUAUCAGCGCAGCGCGCUGACGUCCUAUUGUACAGCGUUUGCCUAUCGACCUCUAAGGCACGGCAUCCAUGGAGCCCUUAGCGGUCCUCAACGGAGUGGAGGUGACUGUUUGUAUCUGGAGCUACCGCCGGAGUCAAAGCUGCGCAUGCAGCACGUGGACAAGACCCAUUGCGACUUCCAGGGCGGACAUCACGUCAAGCUGAGCCACAGCAUUAGCACGGACUCAUUGCUAUUUUCGGAGAACAAGGACGAGGAGUGUAACGAUGUGGAGGGCUGCUUCGAGAUGCAGUGCCAUCAGGUAUUCAUCGGCAUGGUGACAAUGCAGUACCAGGCGCAAAACGAUAUCGUACGACUCGUUGAGCAUCUCGAACAGGCCUGCAUACGCUUUGUUCACUUUAGCAAAGAAAACGAACUGCGCUCGCGUGUCUUCUCUGAGAAAAUGGGUCUAGAGUCCGGAUGGAACUGCCACAUCUCGCUACUGAGCGAACCUGAGCCGGAUAGUGAAAAGGAGCGGAUAAGUGCCAAGCCAAAGGAGUUCCCGGAAAAUAUUGGUAAACCCCAAGCCACCACCUCAACCACUGCCACCACCACUACAACAGACCAUGAGAACAACCAUCAUCCCAGUGCCAAAGUCAUGUACAUAUCGCCCCCCGCACCCGCACCUGCCACUGCAUCUGUAUCCGAAUCCAUAUCUGCAGCUAAAACCACUGAAAUUGUAGGUGACGGCCCAGAAAUUAGUUAUCUCUUGGGACCGCCAAACAAUCUGGAGUCGUCAAAGACCCUGAGCUCUUCAGCUCCUGGUGCCAUUUCCAAUCCGGAUGAGAAUCCACUUAACGCCCUCAAUAGUGGGGAUUCCCAUUCACCUGAUAGCGAGGGCAGUAAGGAGAGCUCUCAGGAUAGCUGCACAAAGAAUAACCCACCAGGCGAUUCUGAGUUGGAGGCGGAAACCGAGGCGAACAAGCACAAGCAGCGCCAUUCGCUGGACUCUGCCAUGGACGAAAACUGCCGUUCGUUGAGCACACUCACUGAAAGCACGGAUCAGAGUGCACCCAUCAACUUCGAUAUGUCAAAUAGGGCAAAGCUGCCAAGGGGCAUUGAAAACAUUCGGCCGCAUUUGGAACAGGUUGACAAUGUCCCACUGCAAGUAUCGCUUUUUACGGACUGCUCAGCGGAAGCCACGCGUCAGAUGCUGGACAUCAUGCAAUCCUACGGCGAGAUUGUUGUCUGCCUUGGAAGUUCGGCCAGUAAUGCCAAUGCGGACAUUUUUCUGCAGGCCGACUGUAGUAUAGCCGUGGAGCCGUUGUAUCCGCAAGUGUGCCAGGAUGUGGACGCGUACACGGAAGCCAAUAUCCAGAACAACAAACUGUUGUGGCAGCGGCAUUCCGGCAAGUCAAAGGGAAACGAUGAUGAGGAGCUUCUGGAGGGCGGCCUUCAUGGAUGCGCCAUGCAGUCGCCAGCUCACACCAUCUCGCCACUGUACUUAAGCCGGCUGCUCAACUCUCUGCCCUGUUCCAUUGCCGUUUGCCGCGACGACCCGCUUUCGCUGGUGGCCAUAAUUGAGCUUUCACGUCGAUUCUCUCUGGGCCUGUGGAACUGCAUCCAGUACUGGGCUUGCUGCGCAGGCUCUAUCUCCAUUCUGAACGUGCUGUGCGCGUGCCUCUCGCAACCCCCGCUCGUAACGCCGCUGCUCGGCAUUUAUCUGAUGUGUGUGCCGGUGCCGCUAAUAGCCAUUUCGCUAGCACACAUCGACGUGGAUCCCAAAAUCAUGAAUCGGGCAACAAGCAAAAAGCAGACGGACUAUGAUUCUCGCGCCUUUGCCUUUGUCAUGUGGUGCUACGGCUGCAAGUUUAUUGUACUGGUCGUGUCUCUGCUUGUUUCCUAUUGGAUGCUCUUACCAAACACCCAAUUAAAUCCCGCUGAACCAGCCACUGAGGAACCCGUGUUGGAAAUCGACGAUGAUGACGACCCGGAGUUUUAUCAAUUUCUUUACAUUGCUAGAAGCUCUGCGCUGCUAGGCAUAAUCCUACACUUCGUUUUCAUUUCUGUCACCUUUGUGCAUCGAGACCACGCGCUCUGGCAGCGCAAUCCAUUUACCAAUCGUAUUUGGGCUUUUACAUGUUUGUUCUUAGUCCUCAUCCAUGGUAUUAUUUGCUUUGUGCAACUGCUGCUGGAGGAUUUCUGGGUUCAGCUGCCCAACCAGUGGUUGGCCUUGUUAAUCUUAUUUGGUGGCAGCUUGCUGAGUAUGCUCGUCAGCGAGCUGGCGAAAUUCCAGGAGAACAAGGUUAACGCGCGCUAUCAGCGUCGGGCGCGUCUUGACUUCGGUACCAAAUUGGGCAUGAAUUCGCCCUUCUAAGAAUCACGUCAAAGACUUAGCAAGCAAAAAGACGUCAAGGCUGUAUAUAACACCACCACUCGACAUACUUCUUGCUACUUUUCCGAUUCUGACCAACAGUCUGGGUAUCCUUAGACGAAGUUGUUUCUGUCAGCAUUUGUUCUUAGGUGCAACAUCGUUAUUUUAGCCACUAGUACUUACACAUGUUUAUUUUAGUUUGUGACACCCCCAUCGAGUAACGAACCACACAUUUGUUAUUCUUGUUUCUAAAACGGUUUGUUUCGAGUUCCUUGUUUCGAUGAGAAAAACCUUUGUGUACUAACAUGUAAAAGACUUGCAAUUAUUGUAUGAAAUAUACGUAUGGUUAAACUGAAGUCCCAUCUUUAAACAAGUAAAAGUCGCAGGCAUUUUCAAUAAUUGAAUUGGGAAAGUGGCAUGCCUAGAACUGGUUCUCCGCAGAUACCUUAAUACCAAGAUGAUAACUGGGAGGGGCAAUACUAUAUAGCACGCCCGAACAGGUGCUAAUCCGGAGAGGCACGCCGCAGCAAGUGCCGCAGUUACUGACCCACAUCCGCGGCCAGGAAGUUGACAGAUAUUUAUGUCUUUACUUUAUCAACAGAAAUCGGUCAAUAUUAGAUCCUGAUGUGGAAAUAUUUGUAUUUUUCAUUCAUCAAUGUGUUUAAAAAAGUUACUAGAGUAAUGAUAGAAUAUUGUGUUUUGUAUUUUGUAGACGUUAAGUAGAAGUAAUAUUUACAUAGGUAACUAACACGCGUGU